AUGGCGGACAGUGCAGCAGCUAAUUCUGCCUCUGAUGUUGCUGCUGCAUCAGAUGGAGGGGGAGGAGCAGCAGCAGCAGCAGCGGGCCCCCCCGCCCGCAAGCUAGCAGCAGCAGCAAAGUCGGCGCCGAGACCGUGGGGCCGGGGGGCCCUCAGCCGCAGCGGGGGCCCCCUGCUGCAGCAGCCAGCAGCAGCAAUGGGGGGCCCCAGUGACGACACGGACUCGGCCACUCCGAGCAGCAGCGACAACGAGAAGGAGACAGCAGCAGCAGCAGCUGCUGCUCCCCCCAGCAGCAGUUACCGCAGCAGAAACAGCAGCACUCACGGAACUCCAAUACAAGACUCCAGCAGCUCUGCUGCACUUGGAGACACCCGGGGAAAGAGGCGCGGGAACUUCAGAGCUUCCCUGGAGGCUGUACAGACACCUGGAGCAGCAGCAGCAGCAGCAGGUGCAGCAGCAACAGCAGCAAAGCGAGGCCGCCGCAGAAGCAGGAGCGUCAGCAACACCAGCAGCGACAAGGGCGAGGGGGACGGGGGCGCAGCAGAUGCAGCAGCAGCAGCAGCAGCAGCAACUCCUGCGCCGGAGGAGACUUCGCGGAGUCGAUCCCAGCGCAGGUGCCGGCGGGUGCGGAACUACAGUCUCCUUCACGCGGGCGGGACAGACCCGUCCUUAGAAUUUGAGCUAUAUUCGGAAGCAGCAAUACAGCAGCAGCAGCAGCAACAGCAGCAGCAGCAGCAGCGCGGGACCCCCGGCAGCAGCAGCAGCGGGAAGGGCCUGGUUCCUGUGACGGCUGAAACGCAUGCAGAGAAGUGGAAGCGCUUUUACCAGUCCCACCAGGACCGCCUUGUCUCUUUUAAUUCUUUUUCUCCUGCUGCAGCAGGUUUGCUGCUGCUGCGAGCCCUCCCCGGCUUCGUGCUGCAGCAGCAGCAAACCUGCAUCGAAGUUGGCCACGGCAGCAGGCCCCUGGUGCCUCACCUCUUUGUUGCCUGCUUGGAGGCCCGGUUUAAGUGCAGCUCUGCGGCUCCUCCGAGCUGCUGCUGCAGCAGCAGCAGGUGCGGCAGCUGCUUCUGCUGCGUCGCCGCAACGGACAGCGGAAGGUUCCUGCUGCUGGAGUGCUGCAGCGAAGCAGCUCUCUCUGCCCUUGGGGGGGCAGAGAAUAGCCCUUGGCCUCUAGCUGUUGCAGCAGCAGACGCAGCAGCAGCAUCAGACGCAGCAAGCGCAGCAGCAGCAGCACAGGAAGGCGACUCCGCCGCAGCAGCGCGAGCGACGGAGGCACAGCUGCAGCAGGAAGCAAACGGAGAGCUGCCCUACGAGUCUCUAGCAGCAGCAGCUGCGGCAGCAGCAGGAUCUGCAGCAGCAGCGCCUCCUCCACAGCCGCCAGCAGCGCGUCCCUGGACAGCAGCUCCUGCUGCUGCCGCUGCUGCUGCUGCUCCUGCUCCUGCUGUCACGUGUGCUGUCAGGGCCAUCUAUGGGACUGGCGGCGAUCCUGCUGCUGCAGCACUGCGCUACUUGCAUGAUAGUGGCAGGCUGGAGUUCCUUAAGGUGCAGCAGGGGACUGUUUAUUUCAAGCAGCAGCAGCAGCAGCAGCAGCAGGAGCAGCAGGAGCAGCAGGAACAGGAUGCUGUUUCCCCCGCUGAGAGUGGGACUGGCAGCAGCAGCAGCAGCAAGGAAAACAACUUGAGGUUCCUGGCUGACCCUGUCUUCGCUUAUUCGCACCCCAGCCCUCUUGUAGCUGAACUGCAGCAGCAGCAGCAGCAGCAGCAGCUGGAGCAGCGGCAGGAUCUUGGUUUUUCAGGAUCUUCAGCAGCAGCGCCUUUCCCCCUGGGGGCCUUGUCCACCCCCGCAGCAGCAGAAGCAGCGGCGGGAGCAGAAGCAGCAGGAGCCGUAGCAGCAAGCAGCAGCAGCAGCAGCAGCAGCAGCAGCGGCUUCGUGGGGUGCGCGAAGUACGUGCUGCUGAAGAGCACUCUGGACAGCUUUUGCUGCUUGCUGCCGCUCACGGGGUCUCUAAACUGGAGAGACGAUUUGCGGCUGCCGAGGGGACUGGUCCACUGGUUCGACGGGCUGGCGCUGCUGCUGCAGCACCGAUCUCCCGCCCCUGCUGCUGCUGCUGCUGCUGCUGCUUCCCAUGAGGAGGCUGCUGCAGCAGGCAGCGCCAAGGGGCCGUCCACAGAAACCGACUGCGCACUCCUGGCGGAGCAGCAGCAGCAGCAGCAGCAGCAGGGAGAGGCGAGGCCGGAGUUAGCUGGUUUUGAGGGCGGCCAGCAGCACACCGAGGAUGAAGAGCCUGAGACAUCACCGCCCGCUGCAGCAGCAGCAGCAGCAGCAGACAAAGACGGCAAAUCCCCUUCUCCUGCUGCCGAGCCUCCCAAUGCCUUUGGAAGCGAAGGCGGCUUCUUGGUGUUUCUGGAGCCAAGGGAAAAAAUGGAUAUACAUUUGCUGGUGCUCUUCAAGGCGCUGCACUCCGCGACGUUCAGCACUCGUUCUCCGGCGCGUUUUCUGCGCCUGGUGCGGAUUGUGCCGAGCAACAACAACAACAGCAGCAGCAGCAGCAGCAGCAGCAGCGAGAGCCGCAGCGUGGCUUUUGUGCUGGAAAAGAGACAAGAGGCUUUCAAAUCUUACAACGAGCUGCACCUGGACUUCUUGCGGGCCCUGCACAGGGCCAAGCGGGAGCUGGGAUCGUUCGAUCCCGACAGUUUGCUGCCUCCCCAGGAGCCCCCCAAGUGGACUUCGGCCUCCCCACAAGACAUUGAAAUUCUGCUGGAGUACCAGCUGCACCAGCACCACAGCCACCAGCAGCAGCAGCAGCAGCAGCAGCAGCAGCAGCAGGGGGGGAAGCGCGGGGGGCAGAGGCGACGCGGGAGGCCCACCCACCACAACGAGCUCAUGAGCGAUGAAGAAAUUGAGGAGGUGCUGCAGCAGCUGCAGCAGCAGCAGCAGAAGAGAUCGGCCAGAGGCAGGCACUUGAAGACAAAGCCGCGGGGAGCUGCUGAGUCGCCUGCCUGGGGCGCAGCAGCAGCGCCAGAAUCUGCUGCUGCGCUGCCCGACCUCCAGCAGCAGCAGCAGCAGCAGCAGCAGCAGCACUAUCCAGUGUCGCAGCAGCGGGCCUUUGCUGCAGCACGAAGGGACUCUGGCGGCGACCCCCUUGCGGUGUGGAGACACCGCGUUGCUGCAGCAGAACGCCGCGGGAAAAAUGCAAGAGCAGCAGCACAAGAAAGCAGGGAGCAGUUGUAUGGCUGCUGCAGCGAGCUGCUGCACCGUUUGCUGCAGCAGCAGGGGCCUGAGGAGGACGCAGAGGGCUCGACGGAGAGAAGGCCCAGCGAAAGGGUGCAGCACAAGAUGCAGCAGCUGCUGCUGCAGCUGCUGCGCCAGGCCAAAGUCGCAGACCAAGUCGAGGAGGAAGCAGCAGCAGCAGUUCGACAGGCCCGCUACGAGCUGGAGCAGCAGCAGCAGAAGCUUUUGGCGAGCGACGGAGGCAGCAGCGCAGCAGCUAACGGAGUGGUGGGGGAGAAGCUCAGAAGCAUUGCUCUUGCUGCUGCUGCCCUGGCUCAAGAGUGCGCGCAGCUAGCUGGCCAGCAGCAGCUGCAACAGCAGCAGCAGCAACAGCAGCAACAGAGGCUACAAGCUGAGCAGCAGCAAACCCCGCAGCCGCCUUCUCCUUUGGUGAAAAGACCCCACUUCAGCCAACCUGUGCCACAGCAGCACCUCCAGCAGCAGCAGCAGCAGCAGCAGCAGCAGUUGCUGCUGCACCUGCAAGCAGCAAGCGCUAGGGCUGCGCUGCAGCAAGGCGUCGGCAUAUCAUUUCCGGUGUCUGAACAGGGUCGGGCCGUGCUGCAGGCGUUGCAGCAGCAAGCUGAAAUGUACAACCUUCAGCAUCAGCAGCAGCAGCAUCAGCAGCAGCCGCCGCAGCAGCAGCAGCAGCAUCCUCUACUGAGCAUAGCUAGGAGCGCGCUCCACGCCCUACCCGGUUACUCCCCCUUUGCUGCUCAAGCUGCUGCUGCUUCUGCUGCGCCUGCCUGGCCUGUGGGGCUGCAGCAGCAGUUAGUGCAGCAGCAGCAGCAGCUGCAGCAGCAACAGCAGCUGCAGCAGCAGCAGCAGAUGCAGCAGCUGCAGCACCACCAGCAGGUGCUGCAGCAGCAGCACAUAGAGGACCACCCGCAGCUGAAGCAGCAGCAGCAGCUCGAGCAUCCUUACGAGGAACAGCAGCAGCAGCAGCAGCAACUCUCCCCCUCUUACCAAACCCUCCCCUUUGCACCCCCCCCGGGGCCCUCCCCCCCUCCUUAA